UUUUGACAAACGUCAAUUGUUUAUUGUAAACAAUUAAUUUCUUGGGCAUAAUUUAAAGAAAUUAACAAAUUAACAAAAUGCCUGUUCAUAAAAUGUGUCGUAUAUGUUUGGCCGAGGAUAAAGCUCGAAUGGGGAUGCAGCCAUUGUUCGAUGAGAAGAACAUACGUUGUGCGGAAAUUGUGCAACGCAUUGAGGAGUGCGGCGGUAUAGUGUUGAAACACCAUGAGGAGUUCCCAACAAUGAUAUGCUUUCAGUGUUUGGACUCACUAAAUACAUCAUACAAAUUUCGUUUAAUGUGCCAGUCAAGUGAACAGGCAUUACUGGACGCAAUUGUGAAGUCUGAACUUAAAACAGAGCCUAUAGAAUUUGCUACAUCAAGCAAUUCAGGUCCAAUUAAAACCAAAUCAAAUGGAGACGAUGAAGAUGAGAAUGAAGAAAUGUUCUUCGAUCUGCGUUCGGACUUUAUUGAGGGACAAGAAGUUGAUUUUGAUGAAUUGGGCGAUACCAAGCAUGACUAUAGUGAUAAUGAUCGAGAUGAUGAUUUUUUUGUUGUAGAAGAGCAAGAUCUGGAUGAAAUAGACGGAGAGGAGCAUUUGGAUGACAGUGAUACAGAGAACGAAGUCGAAAAACUAAUUGAUGAUGAUGAAUUUGUGCCAAUACCAAAAAAGAAAAAAUCAAAAACUAACACAAAAGUGGGAAAGAAACCGAGAGCGAAAAAUGCCACAAACAAAUCAUCUGGCGAAAAACCGCAGCCCAAGGUACGUGGACGUAAAAAGAAACCUGAAAACGAAUCAGAGUCGAAUAUUUGCGAGAUAUGCGGCAACAUCUAUGCUAAAAGAAGUUUAUUAAAUAUGCACAUGAGACGCCAUCGAUCGGAGAAACCAUUUGAAUGCGAAAUUUGUGGCAAACAAUUUACUUGCCCCUCAGAAAUAGGACGGCAUAUACGAAUUCAUACUGGUGAAAAACCUUAUGUAUGCCGCUUCUGUGGUCGGACAUUUGCUGACAGGAGUACGAAUAUAAAACACGAAAGAAUACAUACAAAUGAACGUCCCUUCACCUGCCAGACAUGUGGUAAAUCAUUUACCUACUCAAAUGUUUUGAAAAAUCACAUGCUAACUCAUACCGGAGAAAAGCCAUUCCCCUGUUUACCUUGCAACAAGACAUUUUCACGUAAACAUCAGUUGGAUCAACAUUUAAGCACCAUCACACAUCAGCAAACAGUUAAAAAUUUACUACCCCAAACUGUUCAGGCCCAAGAUGGUACUGAAUUUAGAGUACAAAUAAAUGACACUCGUACCCAAACUGUAGAAAGUAAUAAUGAAUAAGUUAAGUGCAUAUAUGUUUGUGCAAUCCGUAAUAUACUUUUGUAGUUUUACAUUUCAUCUAACAUACAUACGCAUGUAUUUCAUAGAAUAAAUAAAAUUAUUCUCCAUUAGACAUAAAUAAA